CAGUGGACGAGCAGGACGCGGGGAUGAAGAUGAAGAUGACGGUGGACAUGAUGAAGACGGCCGGGGCGGGGGCUGUUAAAUCCUGCAGACAGCAGAGAGUCUAGGACCCUUGGCCUGAGGAGGGGGAGGGGGAGCAUCGUCAGCAUCAUCCGCGUCAUCCGCAUCGUCCGCAUCGUCGUCCGCAUCCACGAGAGCUGGCGCGCGCGCGCAUCACCCGGCCGCCUCCGCUCUUUCAAGGCGAUUCCGUCGUUUCUCCAUGAUGAUGACGAUGACGACGGCUUCGUGAGCAUCUCCCCGUCCACCCCGCUCCCGCGCUCCGUCGCCAUGGUGCGCAUCGCGAACGCGCUCGGCUUCCUCAUCCUCAGCGCCGCGCUGCUCAUCCUGUCGCUCAUCAGCUACGUUUCCAUGAGGAAGGAGACGAGCAUCUUCUGGGCGCCCAGCUUCUCCAGCUCCGGGGCGCCCAGGAUCAUGUUGCACGCGGGAUUCCGGUCCCAGUUUGCCAUGAACUUCCUGGACCCGUCCUUCAUCCCCCUGACGAGCUCCCUGGGUGAGGAGCUGCAGCAGAAGAAGCCGUCCAGGUGGAGGUUCAACAGGACGGCCUUUGCUCUGCAGAGGAAGGAGAUCUUUCGGUACGUGGACGUGCCCAGCAACUUCUCCCUGGUGAAGAGCAGCGUGCGUCUCGGCCAGCUCAUGCACUUCGACUACUCGAGCCACAAGUACGUCUUCUCCGUCAGCGGCAGCUUCCGCUCUCUGCUGCCCGACUCGUCGCCCGUCGAGAAGAAGCACUACAACGUGUGCGCCGUCGUGGGCAACGGCGGCAUCCUGACGGGCAGCUCCUGCGGGCCUCGGAUCGACGGGUCCGACUUCGUCUUCCGCUGCAACUUCGCCCCCACCGAGCUCUUCCACAGGGACGUGGGCCGCAAGACCAACCUGAGCACCUUCAACCCGAGCAUCCUCGAGAAGUACUACAACAACCUGCUGACCAUCCAGGACCGCAACAACUUCUUCCUGAGCCUCAAGAAGCUGGACGACGCCAUCCUCUGGAUCCCGGCCUUCUUCUUCCACACGUCCGCCACCGUCACACGCACCUUGGUGGACUUCUUCGUGGAGCACAAGGGCCAGCUGAAGGUGCAGCUCGCCUGGCCGGGAAACAUCAUGCAGCACAUCAAGAGGUUCUGGAAGACGAAGCAUCUGUCGCCCAAGCGCCUCAGCACGGGCAUCCUCAUGUACACCUUGGCCUCGGCGAUGUGCGACCAGGUGCACCUGUACGGCUUCUGGCCCUUCGGCUGGGACCCCAACACGGGCAAGGAGCUGCCCUACCACUACUACGACAGGAAGGGCACCAAGUUCACCACCAAGUGGCGGGAGUCCCACGAGCUGCCCUCCGAGUUCAAGCUGCUCUACAAGAUGCACGAGCAGGGACUCGCCAAGCUCAGUCUCGCACGCUGUGCCUAGAAGCCGCCGGCGACCCGCUGACUGUGCCCUUGGCCAACCGCGGCGCACCUCCGCAAGCCACGCCCACUCAGUGCCACAAUCGCUCCGAUUUGCUGACGCAGCCCUGAUUUGUAAAUCCUGCCAUACUUGUGUUUCCUGCCAAAAUGGGCUGUUAGUGCCCCCUGAGGUGGCCUUCAGCUUCUUACGCUAGUGGAUGUAACCGCAGAUGAAUCCCAUGUGUUCUGUGCUUCUCUGAACCGAUGCCCAAACGCGAUGCGCCACGCCUUACGGUCACACACGUUGACCGGAGUCCAUAGCGAAUGUGCACACGCCUCUGUUCUCUUGUGGUAGCGGACAUGCGCACGCACACACACACACACACAGAGCUGUGGACCUCUGCAGCGGACACUGGCCGUGUCCCCCUCCCCAGACCAGUGACCUUGUUUACGGUCCUUAUGGAGAAGCAGCGCUUGCAUUCUCAUUGAACCCAAAGUGAAAGAGAACUGUAUAUUUUUCUAUAUUAUUACACUUACAGUGAACCGUAGCCAUGGGGGGGGGGGGGGG